CUGUCAUUCACAGCGAGCCGUUCUCACUUCGCAGUUCACUGUUGUAAAAGCAGAGCUUGUAUGAGUAAAUGGUGCAUCUAAACAAAUUUUGUUGUGACUCAUUAUUGUGGAUUAAAACUUAAAAUGUCGAACGAUCCACUGGCUAAAUAUAUAGUGCUUGAGGGCUGGCUCACAAAAUCGCCGCCUUCAAGGAGGAUUUUCAAAACUAAAUGGCGAAGAAGGUGGUUUAUCUUGCGGCAAUCGGGUGAACUUCCAGGCCAAUAUUACCUGGAAUACUUUUCUGAUCGAAACCGCAGACGUAUCAAAGGCUCCAUAAAUCUCGAUCUCUGUGAACAGGUGGAUGCAGGUUUGCAUAUGUCUCGCAGCGGCAAUGGCAUUCUGAAUCCGAGGAUGCGUGGCUGCGUGUUUUCUCUCCAAACACACACGCGAACCUUCCACAUGGAGGCAGAUUGUGAGAGCGAGAUGGAGAAGUGGGUAGAUGCUAUUUGCAGAGUGUGCGGGCUCCGGCCAACAUGCAGACCGCCAGCGGAAGUCAAGAAAAGUACAUAUCAAAACAGCACAAUGACGGUUAUGAAUGAUCAGUACGAAUUCGCGGAAGGUACCGGACCUUAUAUACCGAUAUCUGAGUGCAUUACAGGAGUCCGAGCGCCGGAUUCCCAAAGAACCUUCACCUUCGAUCCCAAUAAUAUUAUUAUUGGAUCGAAGUCUUCCUUCGACGCUGUUUCUGAAAAAAGUCAACAAAUAUACCUUAGCCACCCUCAAAUUCGCGUUAAUAACGUUGAUUUUUCUGAAAACGAGUCUAAUUUAAGUGAUGAGGAAUGCAAAUCGCUUAAUGCUAGUCAAUCUAAUAUAGAGAGUUGGUCGCUCGCGCGGUCUUACGUACGGCCGGGGCCUCAGGACCGGGUGUAUGCCAUCAGGGCCUCUACUAGCGGGAAUAACCCUUCAACCAGCUCCAAUCAGACGGAGAGGAAUCCGCUCGGCGUCCCGAGGAGGCUAGAAGUCACUGAGGAAGGACCACCCGUACCGCCCAGACCGCCGAAGACUAUCGGCCUCAACAGGGAGCAUCGAGAGUCUUUCCAAGGACCGAGGCUUCAAGAGCCGGAAUUUGAUCGAUCUCAACCGUUCCCAUGGAUGCGCCCGGCCCGUCCCGUGUCCCAUGCCGCUACCCAGUCGGUGCCUUACCGACCGAGAACUGAAGACGAAGAGGAGUGUUGCCUAUCAAAUUCGCUCCAGCAGUACUGCAACUUGACCUCUCUGCCGCCGAUCGUAGACCGCGCUCUCAAGCCGCGCAUCUCGGUACAGCCGAGCACUAGCGUAGGCCACGUGAAUCAAGUGGGCCAGGUCUUCCAGCUACCCCCACAGCCGUCAACGAGCCGCGCUCCACCUCGCAGAGCCUCUGAUGUACUGCAAUAUUUAGAUCUUGAUCUUAGUAGCCCCAAGAGUCCGACUAAGAAUCAAGAUGGCGUUCGCCGCGUGCACCACGCAAAGUCCUUCUCUGCCGAAUCGCGCGCAGACUACAAAACAGUAGAUUUCGUUAAGACGGAAGCAUUCAACAUCACCCGCCAGGACGCAGAAGCUUCCCGAAGCGUGCAGCAAUGAUUAAACCCGAUAUACGCGAAAGUAUACAAGAAAUGUAUUAAUAAAAACGAUUUAUUCAUACAUUAAACUGUAUACUCUUUCGUAUACUGUGUAUUGCUACCAGUGAUUCGGACGAUUUGAGAUAUAGUGGACAUUUUAGCGUAAGUUUAGUUAUAAACGUACCUGUUACCUUCGAGUAUUCAAUAAGUGUUUUCCUUUGCGCGUUACAAUGGUUAUAUACUUCAUUAUUUAUGUUACAUUUUAUGUAUUUUUAAUUGCAUUUUGUAUAGGUUUGGUUUGUUAUCAAUCAAAAUCAUAAUUUCAUCAUUUUUAUCAUUAUGCAUAUAGCUUUAUAAGUAUAGGAUAUAUUAAGAUGUAGGUUAUAGUUUAUUAUAUGUGAUGUUAUAAGUUUUCACGCUCUUAUUCAUUGCAUCACACAUUAUUGUGAUAUAUAUUUUAUAUGUCAUCAAAAUUUUCAGGUAUUUUAUACCUAUAUAUAAAUGGAUUUUAAAUUUUUUUUUAUGUCCAACAUAAACUUCUUUUUUUUGCUUUUCAAAAGUGAUUAUGUCUAUUUUUGUUUGUUUAACAUCUCUUAUAUCCUUAAGCUGUAUAAGUACUUGAGCGCAUCGCCCUAUUGUUCUUGGCUCAAUGUAUGCAAUAAGUAUGAACUAUAAUCUGAAAUGUAUAUAGGCAGUAACGCAAUUCUGCGAGUAUGGGGAAUACAGUUUUGAUCUUAAUAUAAUACUAAAAUUUUGUUUAUAGUUCAAAUGAAAGGGUAAAUAGUUCUUUCACAAAUGUGAAGGCUUUAAGUAAUUUGCAAUCGCAUUUAUCAAAUCAACUCACCUUUGCGUUUCUCGCUUAAUAGUCCCUUACGCAUUCUUAUAAAGGUGUGUGUAUACACGGUAAUAAUUGCGCACAAGUCUUAGAACGAGAACGUUUAAAGAUAACACUUCACGUGCGACAAAAAAGUCGAGACAAAGUCGUAAGACAAGAGCGUUAGUGUGUACCAAACGUCAUUCCUAACUAAAUUCCCCUGGUGGUUUUUAAUAUGAUUUUCGUCUUGCGGUUGGACAUAACGAAUUUAUUAUUACAAUAAAACCCCAAAUUAGAGAUGAAGCUUUAAGUAGUAGAAUGCUAUAGAUGUGAAAUUUAAUAUAAAUUCGCGUUUUCAAUUUGAGAAUCCUUGCCCUCGAUUGUUUGUCAUUUUUGAUAACAUUUACAAAAUUCAAAUGCGCACAAAAUUUCACCUACAAUUCUUUUCAUUCUGACGUAAAAUAUUAUAUUUGUCGUUGAAAAACACGCGUUGACUGUUUAUACCAAAAUGUAUAACUCAACAAUUGUUAUAGAUUUAUUGUCAUCUCAUUUUUGGCAUCCGGAAAUAGAAUUAAAUAGCCUGGUGUUACAAUACAGCACUAAAUUAAUUAUGAAAUCGAUACUUUAUAAUGUUUCUCAUUUUUCGAAUUAAUCUUGAUAGGUUUUAAUUAUUUUUCAUAUCUGUGAAAAUGUCAAAAUGUGUGAUCAUAAUUUGGCAUUUUCACAGGUAAAGCAAAAAUUAAUUUUUAAUUUGGACAUCUGUACAUCGUUUACUAUUAUGUUUUCCUGAAACAAUAUAUUUUUUUCACACCGGGCUACUUUACGGCACUUACAACUUGAACUAAAUUAAUUAUUGGAUUCUCUUAUUUAAAAUGCGUAUGAAAUUUAGUAAAAAUGGAACCUCUUUCACGAAACAUACUUUAAUUGUGAAAAAUUAUAAAAGAAACAAAACCCCUAAAGCUUUUAGAAAAAUGUGGUAAACUCUAAUCACACAUCCUCAGACUUAAAUAUAUUUUGGAAUAACCAAUCUCGGCUUAUAUAGACUAAUCUAAAUAUCUAAUUAGUAGAUAUUUAAAAAAAAAUAGUGAGAUUUACAUUGUUCUAGUAUUAUACCAUUUUAAAACUUUAUGAUCAUUACUCCUUUACACGAAAUGUAUUAUAUAUACUAAUAUGUUGGUUAUGUAAUGUUUCUUUCGAAUCAUUCACAUACUUUUUGAUCAUAGGACUGUAUUUUUACAUUGUUAUAUUAAUACUAUGUUAAGUUCAUAUUUACUGUAGGAUCUAUCGCACAAUGAAGGAAUUGUUAUACAAUAAGUUUUUAAUAUGUAAAAUUUUAUUAAAUUUUAAGACUUCAAUCAUAGGUAAAUUUUUAACACAACAGUGAGAGUUUUAAUAAGUAUUUGUAAAAAUUUAGUGAGAUACAAGGCCUUUAUAUUCCCACCUGUUUACAGGGAAUAUAUGAGCUGGCCCCACAGGCGUGUAGGAACGACAUUGUGUGGAACAUUAUUAUUCAGGGUAUAGACAUGUUAUAGAAUAGAUUGUUCUACGAACAUCUAGAACAUAAUCGAAACAGUGUUGUUAAAUAGUGAGAGUCGUUUAUAAAUUUUCUAAUAACAAUAGUUUUGAGCUUUACAUGAAUAUAUAUUUCUUCUAGUUUAUAAUAUAAAUAUAAUAUUAAUGUAAUUUCGUUGAUGCCGUCUUCAGUAAGAUCUUGUAAAAAAUUUAUAUGGCAUAGUUAGUUGUUGGACCUGGUUUUGUUGAAUACGGAGAAAAGUAUAUUUUUAUAAAUGUUACAAUAUAUAUAGGAAAAAUAAUAGACCCUGUAUAUCAGAUUACGUAGCGAUAAAAAUAUAUUCUUCUGAUUCGAUAAUAGAAGUAGGCCGGGUUUGCCCACACGUGGGGGAGAUACUUUUUAAGACCAAAAGUUUUGAUACUACAGAUUAAAUAUAAUAUGCGUGGAUAAUAAAGGGAUUGGCUUGUUUGUGCCUUGACUUAGUGAGAUAUUAAAGGAAUAUAGUGAGAAUUUAAAUACAAUUCAAUGUCGUUGCUGCACAGGGGGGUCCGCGCUCAUUGAAAAUUUAAUAGUUAUAUCAAUCAUCGCCAAGCAGUUAUAGCUAUUUAGCUAAAAUCGUUUAUU